AUAAUUCAGGAUAUGUCAAAAUGUAAAUACUUUUGGACAAACAUUUGGUAGCAAUGAGUGGAGCAUGAGUUCAUGACAUGAGUGUGGAUAGUUUGAAAAACAACUGUGUGCCGGUCCGGAAGGUGCCCAUCAAAGCUGGAUACAUAAAUCCUUACAAGGAUCAGAAGCGAUUAGACAUAGAGCCUCAUAUCAGUUAUGAUCUCUUCUUACAACAAUUGAUAAACCUUCUUCAACUUGACCGCUCAAUAACAGAAGAGUACACCGUAAAAUGGAUAGACGAGGAAGGGGACCCUUGCACCAUUGCUUCAAAGCAGGAACUUGAAGAAGCGAUAAGGUUGUUUGUCCUAUCACAAGAAAAAGAACUACAAAUUCACGUCUUUCCGGGAAUUCCUGAUCCAGGAGACUUUUGUGCAGGCGAAAGUACGAAAUUCUAUGAGCGAAAAGGUGCAAGGAGAUGGAAAAAGAACUAUCGUGUCAUGGGACAUUCCUUUACUCCCAGAAGAUUUAGUUUCAAGGUACAAUGCCCGAUAUGUCAGGAUCUAAUCUGGGGUAUCGGUAGACAAGGUUUCAAGUGUAUCUACUGUAAAGCACUCUUACACAAGCGAUGUUGCAGGUACAUCACAGAGCCAUGUAGUGGUUACCCAACCCAUCACCCGGUCAUACUAGACACUGAUGUAGAUAACCGGGAGCCUGGACGCGAGCCUAUUAUUGACAAAUCUAUCUUACCUAAAACUGGGGGAAUAACACUAGAUCACUUUGACUUGUUAGCAGUCAUUGGCAGGGGUAGCUACGCUAAGGUAUGUAUGGUAAAGUUAAAGUCAUCUAAAAAGAUAUACGCGAUGAAGAUAAUAAAGAAGUCAAUAAUUGACGAUGAAGAUGAUAUUGAGUGGGUACAAACCGAGAAGAAUGUGUUCGAGCAGGCUUCGAAUCAUCCAUUCUUGGUUGGACUUCACUCGUGUUUCCAAACGACAAGCAGAAUAAUAUUCGUAAUUGAGUUUGUGAAUGGUGGUGACAUGAUGUUCCACAUGCAGAAGCUACAAAGGCUAGAAGAAGACCACGCUCGGUUCUAUGCAGCGGAGAUCUCGUGCGCGCUGCACUACCUUCACGAACAUCUCAUUAUAUACCGAGAUUUGAAACUGGAUAAUGUUCUCAUAGACAAUGAGGGACACAUCAAGCUCACUGAUUACGGAAUGUGCAAAGAAUGUAAUGAAACUGAUCAAACAACAAACACGUUCUGUGGUACUCCAAACUACAUAGCACCCGAGGUAUUGAAGGGUGGCCAGUACGGUUACAGUGUUGAUUGGUGGGCAUUAGGGGUGCUUCUUUACGAGAUGCUGUGUGGUAGGUCUCCUUUUAAUGUCGACAAUCAACCAACAGACAAUCCUGAGGAGAGUGAAAACUUACUUUUCCAGUGUAUCCUGACAAAGCCAGUGAGAAUUCCCCGGGCACUGAGCGUGAAAGCUGGUUCCGUGCUGAAAUACUUACUGAGGAGAGAUCCUGACGAGAGGCUGGGCUGCAACAAGGAGCAGGGAUUUAACCAGAUAAAACAACAUCCUUUCUUCAAUGUUCUCGACUGGGAUCUCUUAGAACAAAGACAGGUGCUGCCACCCUACAUCCCUCCUCUCACCGCUGAAGACGAUCUCGCAAACUUCGACAACAUCUUCACAGACGAAACAGUGCAGCUCACUCCAGAUGACGCUGAAGAACUUGCUAGGAUAGACCAGAGCGAGUUUGACGGGUUCGAGUACAUCAACCCUCUCCUGUUAAACAAAGAAGAGGCCGUGUAGUAAAACGAAAUUAAGUGAUUAAGUGGUUAAUUGAGUGAUAGAUCAAUUAAACUUACUUGGGGUAAUGGACGAUUACGUAUAACCUCUAUGCCACCAUUAUCUAGCCACUAUAUUUCGGAGUGGUUGUGUUAGGGCAGCGUAUCUAAUCUCCCAUUACCACGCUUACUUUUAUAUUAACGUCGCUCGGUUAUGUGAUAAGAGCGCUUUAGUUGACAAUUUAAUUAAUGAGAGAGUUUGUACCAUCACCUUAUAAUAAGAGAAUUCAGGAAAACAACGUGUCAUUCUGGGAAUCAAGCAGCCACAUAAUUAGGAUGAAUUUUAGUAAAUGUAACUGUGGAAAAUUAUUCGUAAAUUAGACUUUCGUCAGAUCUUUUCUAAUAAAUGUUGAAUAAACGUUCCUUGUGGGAUGAUCACUGGUAUAAUGUGCUUGAUGUUGUCACGUGUUAUUAACACGUGUAGCACGUGACUGUGAUAUUUUCUUGUACUUUAUAAUAAUGACUUAUCUGAUUAACCCAUUUUAUGUUUAACCGGAGGAAUUUUCGUUAACAAAUAAAUGCUUUACUUUUAAGUGCAAGACACAAUUGUGAAGAUGAUGUAGAAAUGACUUGAAUGUGACAAAACUGACAUUUUGCUUGAAAAUUUUACGUCAAUGUACAAUACAACAAUUUGAUCGUUUAUUUUUAAGAUUUUAUUUCAUUUUUAUGUGUGUCGGUGUUGGACAGAGCGUAUCUUAUUUGGUCGAUUUUCUCAUAUUUCAGGGGGUACAGUUAUAAGCCUCGAACCGCGAACCAGUCUAAAACCAAGUAAAUCAAAAUUUUUCCGGGAAUCCAUUGGUUGCAUUAAUCUUCCGGAAUUUAUCUUCGGUUUCAAUUUUAUCAGGUCUAGCUGGAUUGGAGUUCGGUGUCCGAAAAUUUAAAGGUUUUUGAAACAAAUUAUAAUUAAGCUGCUUUUUUUGGUUACCAAUAAGAAUUUGUGGGAUUAGAGACACACCAUAUUGACCAAAUGUGAUACGCCCAUGUGUCGUUAGGGUUGAUAUGAUUUUCUUUCUGAUCAUUUAUAAAAUUUAGUUAUCCGUUUUCAGCAAGUUUUUUUAGAGUUCAAUUGUUCGUUAAUUCAGACAAAAGUUUGCUUUUUAAAGUCACAUUUAACUUGAUAAAACUUUCCAAACUUUGGCUCUCACCAGUCAUAAACGAUAUUAAAUGAUACGUUUCAGUGGAUUUCUUUGACAAUAAAGUGUGUUCGGUUUGAGAUGAGAUUAGGGUUGAACAUUUUACUAGAUAGAGUACAAUAGAGCAUGAUUUGAAUAAACAUAAUAUUUAGAUUGUUAGCUGUAAUUUUAUAAUUAUCACACAUACAAAUUCUAGUUUAACGGUUUAUAA